GAGGAGGCGCAGAGUGGUCUUGCCUUCAGGCUGGCAAGGUUUAAACCGGAUCCGGAAACCGGAAAGCACUCAAAUCCGGCCCAGAAAUCACUCAAUCACAGAGCUGCUCUGUGUGGCGGAUGUCUCGCUGUCUGGACUCUCUAUGCACGUGUAUGCUUUCUCACCCACUUCGACGAGAGUGCAUAGCCGGCGGUGGAGAGCGCAGACGAAACGACAGUGCGCUGCGUCGCAAUACUCCAACGAGAGAAAUUUAUAA